AUGUUUUUGCCGAAUUUAGCAGUUUUAAAGAACCUCACUAAGUCAAUCUGGGGACUUUGGAUGCGAACUCAAAAUUCUUCAGCUAAGAAAAGGAAAGCGCGGAGUGCAAAUUUGGAGAAUGGAGGAGAGAAAGGACUCUCGCCUGCUGUGGGAUCGACAAUACUCGUUGCUUUACGAGUGCGUCCGUUUAUUGAGAACGAGGAUUGUAGAAGUGCUUUGCGAAUAACUGAAAAUCAAGUUGCAGUAGUGAAUGGAGUUGAUGAGAAAGUAUUUGAUUUCUCUUAUGUUUUUGACAUGAAUUCUUGUUUGGAUUCUGUAUACGAAAGUGCAGUUUCCCAGUUAGUUGCACAGGCUGUGGACGGUUAUAAUGUCUGUGUUAUGGCUUAUGGUCAAACUGGGUCUGGGAAGACUUACUGCAUGUCUGGAAAUAUGAAAGAAUACGGAGUGAUUCCUCAUUUUUGUAUGGACUUAUUUGAGAAAGCUUCCUUACGAGGUGAUCCUGAUAGGACGUUUAUGGUGUCAUUCUAUGAACUUUACCAAGAAAAGGCUUACGAUUUAUUAGAUGAGGACCAUGUACCACUUCGUGUCCGUGGUGGGGAAGAUGUUUAUCUACAAGAUUUAACAAAAUUUCAAGUCAACAACUUUGAAGAAUUAGAGCGGUUAAGGCAGUCUGCUUGGACAAAAAGGGCUACAGAAUCUACAGCUAUGAAUAUAUGUUCUAGCCGAUCUCACGUUUUCAUGCAAUUGACCUAUUCCCACUUGGAGUCAGGCUUAGAAGAACUGGGUGACUAUGUUAAUCACGUAACAAGCAAUGUGUAUUUUGUUGAUUUAGCUGGUUCGGAGCGGUUAUCAGAUGUGGGAUACUCGUAUCUUGGUGAAACGGUUUCAAUCAAUUCAAGUCUUUCUGCGCUUCACCGUGUUAUUUUUUCUGCCGGUAGCAGACUGAAACCGAGCUACCGUGAUUCACUGCUUACGAGGCUUCUCAAAGACUGCUUAGGAGGAAAUGCUCGUACUCUUCUGAUAGCUAAUGUGACGCCUUCAGUCAUGCAACGCAGCGAAACAUUGUCAACUCUUCGUUUUGCGUCGCAAGCAGCUACUGUACAGCAGUGUGCCAUCAAAAAUAUUGAUCCAGUUAUCACUGCACUUUCAGAUUUAAAACAUGAGAAUAAGGCUUUAAAAUCUCGUAUUGAACAAUUGGAAUCUUCUCAGAAACUCGUCUCUUUUAAUCUGCCUGAUGCCCCUUCAAUUGUUGAGUUUCAAGCAGAUUCCUCGCUAACGACUUGGGAGCCAUUAAUCCGCCAGUUAUCGUUCUCAGCUUUUAAUUGUGACUCUUCGGUCGUUGUAUUCACACUUCAUGGUAACAAAAUCAAUAUAACUUCUCAGGAGGAUGGAGUAUUUGUAAAUGGGAAGUGUCUUUAUCCCUCGAGUUCUUUACAAGCCGAACAUGGGGACAGAGUAGUUGUAAGAGGCGAGAGGUUCCUUUUUGUUUACUCAGACCCAAAUGGCGUCAAUGAAUUCCUGAAAUGUUCUUAUCAUUCUAUGAAGGCUGAAUAUCUUGAGAAGAAUAUAGAGAGGUUUCGGAGUGAGAUAACUGAAAUUGAAAAGUGUCGGCGGAAAGGUGAAAGUGAUGCAAUUGUGAAGUCACUUGUCCAACAGAUUGAGGGUCUUAAAACAGCUCUCUCUGAGAAAGAAAAUCAGCAGGAGUCUAGCGCUAUGAAAGAAAAGGAGACUUUACAGAAUGAAUUGGAAAAUUGUCUGGCUUUGAAGGAAACAUUUUUGGACCUUUGUAAACGGGAAAUAUCUGCCUUUGGAGUUAAAUUUGAUUCUUUUGCUGAACUAUUUGAAGCGUACAAUUUAAAAAAGGAUGUGGGAACUGCAAAUUACAUGUUGUCCCACUUUGGGAAAAAAGAAGUGUACACUUUUGAAAUGCUUCCUCCUGAGACAGAACAGGACCAAUUUGGUGUGCGUUUCGUUGACUACAAAAACAAAAUGUUUGGUGAUUUCAAUAAAGCAACUUUUGAGCCUAUUCUUCAACGUUUGAAGGAUUAUUAUCGGACUUAUGUGUCCCCAGAAGAUGGUUCUGAGGCCGUAGGUCGUUUCUUGUUCGAGUUUUCUCGUCGGAAACUUCAAAUGGUGCGAAUUGGGGGAUCUAGAUUAUCAAAUUUUGCGAAAGCGGCUUUGUACAAUUCGACUGUGGAUGCUGCGAAAAAAAGAAGGACAAAUGUUAGCGACUUCAGAUUAAGCAUUGGAGGAAGUAAGCGUAAGUCUGCGUUUGCUUCAAAUUUUGCAGCUGCUCUUGGUAAUGUGGCAGAGUCUGAAAAUACAUUUAAAACACAAUUCCUCAGACGACUACUGGAAAUGAGCGGGUUGAAAGGACUGGAUCAAAACUGUGAUUUCGUUGAGCUGAUGAGCACGAGCUUAGUUGAGUUGAGAAAACAACUACCGGACGUGCGUGCAAUUCAGCGUGGGGCAAUAAGUGAAGGAAUUGGUUUUUUCGCAGUUUUGUGCAGAUUGGUCGUUCUGAUCAACAAGAUAAGUGGUCACAUUGAAGGAGUCCUUGGAUUCUCCCACCCGCUUUAUAUCGAGUGCUGUUUGAAGUCGAUUUCUUCGGCUUGGCAAACAUUCACGGAACUUUUUACAUCAUGGAUGUCAAUGUUGAGUGACUCUGAAAUAGAAGAAACUUUCGAAGAAGUUGGUCCAUUAUGCCUUGAAGGAAUGUCGAAUGCAGCAAGUGCAGUAGUAACGUCGUUAGGGAAGCUUGCGCUUUUUGUUGGCGGGAAGUUGCCGGAUAAUAUUGAACUUGAAGAGAUUAAGCGAGAUUUCGUGAAAGGGAGUAAACAAGCUGUCAUUGAAAUAACAGAAGAAUCUGAAGAUAUUACGUUACGAUUGCAUGGGAGAAAGUGUUCUUCUAGUCAAAUUGCUGUAAAAGCUGCAGAAUUGCUGUAUGAAGUUUGCACCAAUUUUUCAUCUUUCGAUGAUGAGAACACUUUGUAUAAUAUCAUAUCUCCUUUAUUUAGUGUUGUACAACUCGCAUCGUCACAGAUUCUUGACCGCAUUGAAUGUUUAUCUGCGGAACGCCACUUUGUACAGAAAAGCAUGGUCUAUUUACGGCUAAUAGCAGACUCGUCUGAAGGUUCUGUUUUGGAAGGAGUCAAAGAAGUACUUCAUUUUUGCGAAAAAACGAUUGAGACAGCCUCUUCAGUGCAGCUUUCUGAUGCCAGUGAGCGAGUUUCAGUGUUUAAGUCAGUUAUUGAGGUUAAAAGUUUUGUAGUGGUCCUGCACAAUUUGGCUGGUGAAGCUCUCCAACGCCUUGCUAUGCCAUGGUCAACAGAACACUGUACUGAUGAUUUUAUCAGAAGCAUAGCUUUCUUCCCUUCAGCAGUUAUGCCGUCUAUGUGUGGAGGAGAAUCGUGA